CUCGUCCUCGUCCUCUUCCUUUCGAACUGUGUGUAAUUAGCUUAGCUCGUUCACUGGACCUCCCUCCAAGGCAUUGCCUUUGAAUCUUUUGACUUACCUCUAUGGAGUCAACAGAGCAAAACAAGUCUUCUUUUCCACCGCUUGGUUCUGCGUCGAGUCCUGUUUCAUGGUGUUCGCGCUUUUAGGUUUCUGUUGGACAUUGGAGGAAGGAAAGUUGUAAUUGAGGUUCUUGAAGUCACGAGUGUUAUGAUGAUUGUUUACUAAUUUGAUGUAAUCUCUACCUUUUCGCUCGUUACUAUGAGAUGCUUGUGCUGAAAUCGAGACAGAUGAGGUUGGAAAUUGAUGUAAAAUCGCUCAUUAGGCAUAGGUUAUUGAUUUUACAAUAUGGUAGUACUGAAUUUGGGCAUCGGCAUAUUUUUGGAGCUCCAAUUUCUGCUUAGCUCAACUUGUCUAGUGUCAUAAAUGGUGGAAAAGGUCGGGAUUUUCCUAUGCCAAAAGGUAUUGUUGCUUCGUGCUACGCUGUGGAUUUGUCUGGAGAGGCAGAAAUUCCCAUAUCGGUUGGCAGAAAAUUAGAAGUUGCCAACUGCAGGGUCAAGUCUUGGCUGUACCUGUCACCAAUGAGGGUGAUUGCAAGCUCCGUCAUCGCUUAUUGUUCACUGACGUUUGAGGGUGUCCGGCGAUUGAUUGAGAAGGACUUAGGUUUCGAGGUGCAUGCAUUGGAUGUGCAUAAAAGAUUAAUAAAGCAGUGUUUACUGGAGUGCUUAGAAGGAAGUAAUGAUGCGGAUGCCUCUAAGGAUCCUGGGAAGACUGCACCAAAUGUCGUAUCCUCAGAUAAAGGAGAUGCAGCUGAAUCACCUGAAAGACUGGAGUCAAAGAAAGACAUCAAAGAACCUAGCUCUGAAAGUGAGGACAAAAUGGAGGAUUCUCCUGUAAUGGGCCUGCUGACUGCACGUGAAGUUACUAAAUCUAAUAAGGAGAUGAAGGGCAAUGGAAGCAAAGCAGAGAUUACUGAGAGCACAAUCUUGAAAGCUAUCAGGAAAAGAGCUUCUUAUUUUAAAGCAAAUGCAGAGAAGGUUACAAUGGCUGGAGUCCGACGGCUUUUGGAGGAAGAUCUUGAACUUGAUAAACGUGCUUUGGAUCCCCACAAAGCAUUUAUUGGUGAGCAACUGGAAAAGGUUCUAAAUCCAGAAGCUCCUAAAUCCAGAAGCAAGACUGAGAAAGAAACAGCUAAGAAAGGUACUCAAAGAAAAGCAUCUAAAAAAGUUGCUGAUGGAGGAGGUUCUGAGUCUUCAAACAGCGAGGAGGAGGAGAAGGAGGAAGAUGAAGAGGAAGUUAAGGUUAGAAAGAAAACAGCUGUUAAAGGAAGGAUGCAGAAAUCGGAAGGGCUGAAAAAGCGUAAAACUCCACCUUCUAAGGAGGCAAAGACAUCCAGCAGGAAGCGUAUCAAGCCUGAACAAGCAGCAUCAGACAGCAAUACUGACAUGGAAGACCGUGGACAUGCCUCUGAAGGAGAUGAGUCUCAGUCAUCUGCCGAGAAGCGCUCACAGAAGAAAGAAGUUUCAACUCCAGCGUAUGGGAAACGGGUGGAGCGUCUUAAGUCAGUUAUCAAGUCUUGUGCAAUGAGCGUUCCGCCCUCAAUUUAUAGGAAAGCCAAGCAAGUGCCUGAGGAUAAACGAGAAUCUUACCUAAUAAAGGAGCUUGAGGAGAUUCUCUCGAAAGAAGGAUUGUCAUCGAAUCCUUCUGAGAAAGAGAUCAAGGAAGUGAAAAGGCGGAAGGAAAGAGCAAGAGAACUUGAAGGGAUCGACAUGAGCAAUAUUGUGUCAAGUUCGCGUAGAAGGACAACGUCUAGUUAUAUACCUCCUCCAAAGCCCAAAAUUCCCGUGGACAGUGAGGGUGAGGAGUCCGAAGAUACUGAUGAUGAAGAGGGUGAAGAUGAUGAUGGGGACGAUGAAGAGAAUGGUGAGGGCAAUGAUGACAGUCAAAGUGAGGAUGCAGGUGAAGAAGAGGAGGAGAGUGAUUGAGUAUUCAAUGCAAACUCCACCCAAUAACUGAGAUUAGUAAGUGCCAACUAAACUGGAGUUUGGGAUCGAGAUCGUGUUCUAUUUUAAGCUUUUAUCCAAUUGCUGGUUUAAGGUGCAUCUCCCGGUGGAAGAUGGUGUGAUGUCCAUGGUCACUGUUGAAUCUAAAAUCUAGCAUUGUCCAAUGACUCAUUAACGAUUUGACAGUGUCUUGCCUGGGAAAACUUGUGCAAGAUCACUUGUUAGAGAAGAGCCGCUUGUUUGAUUAGAACGAAUAGGUGUGAUUAGAGAGUAAUACAGGUAGGACUAGGAUUGUCGUAGAUUGUGAGUUUGUCCAUGAUUGAUGCCAUGCUGCUAGAAAUUUCUCGUCGUAAGGGGUUUGAAUGUUUAUAUAUGGAUGCUGUUUAUCUUUAAUAAACCAGUCUGUCUUAUACAAGCUCAUUUUCGAUAUA